AUGGCAUCCUAUUUGAAGAACGUUGCAAUUAUCGGCGCCAGCGGCAGGAUUGGCAGAAUCAUCCUCGAUAGCCUUGAUGCAUCUUCCCAGUUCGAAAUUACUGUCAUCUCGCGCAAGGAGAGCAAUGCGAAUUUCCCACCUAGUGUGACGGCUCUCAAGACCGACUACUCAGACAAAGAUCUCGAGGCUUUGUUCAAGGGCAAAGACGUUGUCAUUUCGGCGGUGGGUGCCAGUGCAUUUGGCGAACAGAAGAAGUUCGUCGAUGCUGCUAUCCGCGCCGGUGUCAAGCGUUUCAUUCCAUCUGAGUUCUCGGCAAAUAGCCAGAAUGAUGCCGUGUUGCAGCUCCUACCACUUUUCGAACAGAAGAAGGAACUCGUCGAGUACCUCAAGAGCAAGGAGACUGACGGAUUAACCUGGACUGGUAUUGCUGCUUCCGGCUUGUUUGACUGGGGUCUUGCGAAUGGCUUUUUGGGAUUUGACAUUACCAGUCAUACGGCUACUAUCUGGGAUGGAGGAGACAAGAGUUUCACCCUAACCAAUCAGAAGGCCCUCGGGGAGGCUGUUGCUUCUGUCUUGGUGCAUUCUCAUGAAGGCAGAAACCAGUUUCUAUUCAUCGCCUCUGUUGAAACUACCCAGAAGGACAUCCUUGCUGUUUUGGAGGAGGAGUCGGGAGUUAAAUGGACCGUGAACGAGACUACCACCGACAUUCAAGUCAAUGAGGGAGUCAAGAAGCUUGCUGCUGGAGAUUUUAAUGGCGCUUUUCCUCUGGUUCGAGCCACGGCUUUUGGCAACACCCCGGGUCUCCAUUCGAACUAUGCCAAAGAGGAGAAGCUGGCGAACAAUGUGUUGGGACUUGAAUUGGAAACAGUCAACGAUGUCAUUAAACGCGUGCUCAGUGAAUAG